AUGCGUGAGUUUUUCUGCGCCUCUGACUCUGAACAGUCGCUGACGGUGGAGCACCGUCAAGGGGUAUCGCCGCGCUCGUUGAAAACGGCGAGUGACGAGGAGAAUGAUGCUACAUUUAAGAGCUGCAUGACCGGCGGCACGGAGGAUGCCUCUGGGUCUCCCCUCAGCAGUCGAUGGACGGUGUCCAAGAAGCUGAACCUGGACGCCUUCUACGGUGGUGUGCAGUUGCGUGCGGGGAGUGAAGCCACAGAUGGGACGAGCGAGAGGCAUGGACGAAGGAAUGACGUGCGUGGCCUUCUCGGUAUAAUCUACAGCGAGCAGGAAAAAAAAUUAUUACACUGGCAUGGACGUUCAAGAGAGCGUGACGCCAACCCUGCUCUGUCUGAUGCGUUGGAGUCUGCUGCCCCUGCCGCUUUUGCUCCUUCAGGAACGCCUCUUAAGAAACGCGGAGACACCCAUGAGUCAAAGAAGUGGGCCUCCACACAAUACACGGCGUUGGAGCAACUGCGGCUCCAGUUAGAGGAUAGGCUACGCACGGAUUCGCACUUUCGACCUGAGUUGCGAGAGGUUACGCAGGAUGAGGAAGAAAAGAUAGAGCAAACGAUAGAAGUCCACGGGGCAGGAGAGGAAGAUGACCAGCGGCAACUGCAUAAAGUGGUUAGAGAGCUGCGACGCUCAGGUGAUUACGUUGAUGCACGCCCCGUGCCGAACUUAAGUGCUGCAGUCAUGCCAGACUGUGCUGAUCCCAGACGGAAGAAUGAGCCAACCAUAGAUCUUUCGGAUAUUCGUGACAGCUUCUACGAGGAAUCGUUUGAGGUGACGCAGCGGAUGGAAGAACGGGCAAGAGAGAAACGACAGCAAACCGAGGCGGAGGUUCGGAAUAGGGAGCUCUCAGCGUGCACAUUCCACCCACAGGUCUCCGCAAACUCUGUCGCACUCUUCCAAAAAUCAUUACUGGACAAGAGCAAUGUGUUUGAACGGCUGUAUCCGCAAGCACUGCAGGAUCGGGCCGAUAAAUUACGUGGUGCUCGCUUGCGGGAGGAGAUAGAGUUACUUGAAAGGGACGAACAAGAAUCUCUUCGUGAACGCUGCGAUGGAGUGACAGCUGCAGGUGCAGAGGAAGACACCUUUGAGUUAUUUCUUCACAACGUGCUUGGGCCAAGGCUGGAUUACACGUCCAUUUUUAUAGAAACAGACUACCAAUCACCACUGGCACAAAAGAUGCGAGCGGAUGCUUGCAUGAAUAAUUCAGACAGGUUAGAAGUGGCGAAAAAGAUCACUCGGGACGAACGACAAUACCGCAUGGCGUGCUUUGACGAGUUUCUUCAGCGUCAAAAUGAGCACCAUCGAAGUCGGUUUCGUAGUGUGCAGAAUUUGGAAAAGAAGUUGACGCCGUCUUUUAGGCCUGUAAUUAGUGAGCACAGCGUGCAGCUUGCCAAGGAGUUAAUCGCCCGCAGUCCCAUCACUCCGCUGGAUUCCAAUAACGUGUCUGCGCUUGCUUCAGCAGUGAAGAAGCAUCGCUCUCAUUACGUUGAUCCAUGUACCUUCAAACCGAAGAUUACUGCGGUCUCCAGAGCCAUGGCGCCCCGUGGUGUGGAAGAAAUGACGAAGGACAGUGUGCGCCUGCGUGAGCGGCGGAGGACGAAGCAAGAAAAAGCGGCUGCGGAGGAAGUAAAUUACCCGUUUCGUCCCACCCUUAAUGAUGCUCGCAAUGCACGUGUUGAGUCCCUGUUGACCUCGAAGAAUUACCCACGCUACGAGGAAUGUCUAAGACGGCGAAAGGAGCAUAUGGCAAAGCUGAAGAGGGAGCAGGACGCUCUAAAGGAACACAACGAGGUGAUGCAAAGCACGUUUCGUCCACAAACAACUCGUAAGCCUGAGUAUGUGGCAAGAAUGGCCUCCAGCUUCGCUCUUGUCCGGCAGCAGUAUGGGGAACUGUGA